AUGUGCAUUACCUUUGGCGGGCUGAUAGUGGUGAAAAGCUUUCUGGAUGCCGAAUCACGAUAUGUUGAGUGUAUCACAAAAUUUAAUACCGACACGUUAUGCAAAAUCAAAACAUCGAGGAAGAUUUCGGAUGAGGAUUUCCGUAUUCUGGCCGGUAAUCUGCAACUUCUGAUUGCUCAGCAACGAGAAAUUUUGAACGAAAUAAGCGAUGCUGUGGGAAAAGACACGACAAAUGCGCGAAUUGGAGGCUUGUUACUCAAGGCAGCGCCUGUCUUACGGCAACUACUUCGACUUUACUGCGAAAAUCACCCGAAGGCAGUGGAUCUGGUCCUCCGAAACAAGUACUUUUUUUAA